UUGGCGCACGUGAACGAGAAGUCUAAAAGAUAAACUUUGUUAAAACUUGCUCUAAAAAAACAAAGAUUUCUACCUAUUUUAGAUGUUUUAGUUCUUAAAAUGGCCGUUUGUCAGAAGCAUUAGGUAUCAGAGAAGAAAAUGAUUCCUUGUUUAGCGUGGGUCAGACGAGGGGUAGCGAAAGAAAACCCAGAUAAGGUCACUUUGUCCAAAGAAGAGUUAAAAGAAGUGAUUGAUGAUGCUCGGGAGAGAUUAAGAGAAAAAAAGGAGGAAAAAGCCCAAGAAAAUAAUGUAAAUUCUGAUGGUGCCUCCUCAAAAGAAAAAACAAAAACUGAAAAAAAUAAUGAAGAAGAUGAAGACUUAGAAGAAAUAUUGAAUGAAUAUGAUUUGGGAAAUUAUGAUGACCAAGAAGAGGAAGGAAUUCGUAUGGAAGGAGCAGGAAUGGCUGGCCUAUCUUACUACACAUCUAAUGAUGAAGAUCCUUAUGUUUUGAUAAAAGAUGAGCUCGAUGAAGAUAAAGAUGACUUCACAAUCACAAGUACAGACAACGUAAUCAUAUCAGGGCAUAUUGAAGAUGAGUUCAGCAAUCUUGAAAUACUAUUAUGGAAUGAAGAGGAAGAUAACUACUAUGUACACCAUGAUAUUCUGAUGGAUUCAUUCCCAUUAGCAUUGGAAUGGAUUGAUUUUGAUCCUGACGGCAGUCCAAAUCCAGGGAACUUUGUUGCUGUUGGUACCAUGGAGCCAUACAUCAACAUCUGGGACCUAGAUGUGAUAGACUGUCUGGAGCCUGCUGCUACCCUGGGAAAGAAGAAGAAGAAAAACAAAAAGAAAUCCAAGAGUUCAAGUGACUUGGGGCACCAGGGGGCUGUCCUUGACUUAUCCUGGAACCACAACAUAAGAAACGUUCUGUCCAGUGGGUCUUCAGAUAAUACUGUUAUAUUAUGGGACAUGGCUGAAGCUAAGGCCGUACAUGUAUUAAAACAUCACAAAGAUAAAGUGCAGACAUUAGAGUUUCAUCCUUAUGAGCCACAGUCUCUUCUCACAGGCUCUUUUGAUAAGAGAGCAAAAGUUGUAGACUGCAGGAGCCCAGAGAGCAAUAUUAAGUCAUGGAAGUUCAAUGGAGAAGUGGAAAAAGUCAUAUGGAAUCAUUUUUCACCAUUUAACUUUCUUGCAAGUACAGAUAAUGGUUGUGUAUACUGUUGCGAUGUCAGGACAGAUUCUCCUGUGUUCACUAUUAAUGCUCAUGACAGUGCAAUUGGUGGCAUGUCAUUGAGCUCUCAAGUUCCUGGUUGCCUACUAACAGCCUCUGCUGAUAAUACCAUUAAAGUAUGGGAUAUAAAGGAUGACAAGCCAGCAUUCAUUUUAUCCAGAGAUAUGAAAAUGGGUCAUAUAAUGAACGCUUCAUGCUGUCCUGAUUCCCCCUUCGUCUUCGCUCUUGGCGGAGAAAAGCAAGGGGUUCAGUUGUUUAAUAUUAUGGAAAGCGGGCCUGUCAGACGUCACUUUGAAGGAAGAAAAAGGCUUACACGUGCUGUGGGGUCCACAACAAGCAGUGCAGAAAACACRAAAUCCAUGGAUGACGAACAGGCAGAAGGUGCCGAACAAAGCCGAGAUGAGCCCGAGGCAAUGGAUGAAGAAUCGGCGUCUGCUGCAAUUGCUCAACUCAACUUGACAGGCGCGAAAAAGAAGAAAAAGAAACGAAAGUAAAUAAAGAGGUUUUUUAUGAA